UCAUCUCGGUGGAGCUGGUGAACGAGAGCCUCUUCGAUUGGAACGUGAAGCUGCACCAGGUGGACAAGGACUCGGUGCUGUGGCAGGACAUGAAGGAGACCAACACCGAGUUCAUCCUGCUGAACCUCACCUUCCCGGAUAACUUCCCCUUCUCGCCGCCCUUCAUGCGGGUGCUCAGCCCGCGACUGGAGAACGGCUACGUGCUGGACGGCGGCGCCAUCUGCAUGGAGCUGCUCACGCCGCGCGGCUGGUCCAGCGCCUACACCGUGGAGGCCGUCAUGCGCCAAUUCGCUGCCAGCCUGGUCAAGGGCCAGGGACGGAUCUGCAGAAAAGCUGGCAAGUCAAAAAAGUCCUUCAGCCGCAAGGAAGCCGAAGCAACCUUCAAGAGUUUGGUGAAGACUCACGAGAAGUACGGCUGGGUCACCCCUCCCGUGUCUGAUGGCUGAUGCCUGCACGCACCCUAGCCGCUUGAGCCGCCCGUCCACACUCCACCCUGCCAUCGUCUCCCAUCGCUGCGCGUCCUCUACCCUUUUCUACUCCAGCCAGAACUGUGUCCUGAAUGCAGAGGGCACGCUUAAGUUAUUUAUGAACUGAUGUGUUUACGGAGAGAAAGAGCAAAUUGUUCGGGAUUAUGUUUCCAUAAUAAAUGACCGUCUCUAAGUCACUUUAGAACAAAGGUCGAGAUGGUGAUGUUUCCCAGCCCCCCCACCCCCCCCCCCACCCACCAGUCGCAUUGCCCUUAGCUUCUUUCCAUGACAGCAGCUCUGAGCAGCCGGCGGGAAUCUCAAAGCCCCGCCCACUUCAUUUCCAUGUACAAGGCUCUGUUCCCAAGUCAGGAGCACCACACACCACCGGCCCCCCCUGGCUCCUGUUCGCUGUACUCUGUAUCUGUUUCUCUUCUUGGCAGAUCGACAUAACUUGAAGACAUAUCUUUCUUUCUGUGGCCUGUGGUCUGCUGUGAUGAUAUUUAGACCUCAUUCAUGCUAUGACCUUUGGCUCAUGAAAACACAAAUCUAACAUUGCCAGGCUCUAGCGCUGACUUAAAACUACAACUGCCCUCUCGAUUACAAUGUGCUCCCUUGCUUAUCUUGUGCUGUGCUGCUGUUCACAGAUAAACCAGUGCCAUUUGAUGAGAGGCAGGGGGUGCUGCGGCCACCAGGGAGGUUCAGGACAUAAGGUGCACGCACCCCCCUGGGGCUCAGAGCAGCAGACGGGCCAGAAGGAACAUUCUCUUCAGACAUUAGGGAAUGCUCAGUGACAGGGCGUCUGCAUCCAUCUCCUCUCAGCCACCACAAGACAAUUGCCCAUUUGCUGAGGUCAUCGGACUCAUUUUGUCUUCCGUGCUAGUGACAGGAGACACCGGAACUGCCAAGGGACCAAGUGACUCAAGGAGGACUUGCAUGACCUGGUCUGUUACUUCACCCGCUAGUCACUUGUGCGUCCCCGAGGUUGAGGCAGGAGUACCCUCACCGCGGUGUGAACUCCUGUGAUUUAAUCUUCCCCACACUUUCAUUUUGCUCUUCUGUUAAAUUACCUAGAAAUUCCUAAGAAACUCCAUGAAAUGAGGAGAUGUUUAUGAGAACAUGCAGAAAGAGGUAAAAUGUUCAUUCCAAGUGGAAAAUCCUAUUGGACACAUUUUAAAUAAAACCAUGCAUACCUGA